CUUCUUAGUCAUCAAUCCCAAUUCUCUCUACGCUUUUGUUGGUACAAUUUUAAUCAACAUGGCGUCGUACUCUGCUGCUGCUGCAGCAGCUCCCUUUCUUCUGCUUUCCAUCUUUCUCAUCCUCUUGUCACCCUCAAAUGGCGGCAGUAUUGCCGUAUAUUGGGGCCAGAAUGCCAACGAAGGGACCCUUGCAAGCACAUGCGCAACGGGCAAAUACGCCAUUGUCAACAUCGCCUUCCUCUCCGUGUUUGGCAAUGGACAGACGCCACAGCUGAACCUUGCCGGCCACUGUGAUCCCUCGAGCAACACGACCAACUGCACCAGCCUGAGCAGCGAUAUCGUCUCCUGCCAACAACAAAACGUCACCGUGCUGCUCUCCAUCGGGGGAGGAGCAGGGAGCUACUUCCUCUCCUCCGCCGCAGACGCCCUCAACGUCUCCAACUAUCUGUGGAACAACUUCCUUGGGGGCAACUCCACCAGCCGCCCGCUCGGCGCCGCCGUGCUCGACGGCAUCGACUUCGACAUAGAGCAGGGGUCGCCGCAGUACUACGAUCUCCUGGCCCGGAACCUGCGUGCGCAAAGUUCGGCCGGGAAGAAGGUGUACCUGACUGCAGCUCCUCAGUGCCCGUUCCCGGACCCGCUGCUCGGACCUGCACUCAGAGCCGGCCUGUUUGACUACGUCUGGGUGCAGUUUUACAACAAUCCGGCCUGUCAGUACAACCCCUCGGCCCUGUUCAAGAACUUUAGGCUGUUCCUCUCAUGGAGUGCAUGGAACAUUCUGAUCCCGGAAAACCGCAUCUUCUUGGGUCUGCCGGCGUCGCAGGCAGCGGCGUCCAGCGGGUUCAUCCCCACCAGUACACUCACCUCCAUUGUGCUUCCCUUUACGAAGAUAUCACCAAAGUAUGGAGGGAUCAUGUUGUGGAACAAGUACUAUGACGAUCAAUCGGGAUACAGCAAUGCUGUUAAGAGCUUUGUUUGAUGGCGCACAGACGCGGCGCCAUUAAUGGCAUAGUAUGGGAUGCUGAUGCUCAAUGUAGUAGUCAAUAAGCUGUCUAGCAAAAAGUAAGGCAAAUAAAGAGGUUGGUGACGAUGUAACAAAAUACUGUGCUUCUUGCCCAUUUGUUUCUGUUCUUUUCCUUGAUUACUCCAGGUUAAUAACCCGGGGAGAAUCCGACAGAAGUUAAUAACCUUAUGUCUUUAAUUUGAA